AUGUCAACCGGACUUAAAGGGUCAAUCUGGGCUGUAGGAGGUCGCUCUCGCGUUCAAAACGCCCCUUCGCAACGCGCCUCCUCUCAGCCAUCGCGACCCCCGCCCCCACCAACAACUACCUCAGAGCCAACUAUCUCAGCGCCAACUGAACCGGCUGUCUCAGUACAAGCUAUCUCAACACAGGCUAUGUUACCGCCGGCACCGGCACCACUGUCCAGCUCAAAUCCGCCAUCAUCGCGCUUAACAUCGUCUCAGGCUUUUCAUCGCUUCGAGCAAGCUUGUCAGAGAUUGCGCUGGAAGUAUGUCGACCUGCAGAACUCGUAUCAUCGCGCUCUGAACCCAGAGUCAUCCGGAUUUCCGGUGGGCGAAGCCGAAAAGAACUUCAAGGUUGACUUUCAUGAAUUCUACGUCUGGAUCGAGCAAGCGCUCGUUCUUCUCCUUCUUGUAUUCGAUAUCAUGGUACCUCAAUCAUCAAGAAGAGGAAGAGAUGAGAAGCACCGCUAUCAUCAUGACGUCCUUACCACUUUGGAGAAUAAGACGGGACCGCUGUAUGAGGCGCUUGGAAAGGGAGAAGUGAACAUGGCGCUCUGGAAGGCCAAGGAGCUUCGAAAUCAGUGGAAGGACGUCAAGGAUGGCAACGGCAAAGAGACGGCACCGCUAAAGAUGUACGAUCUAACGUGGAUUGUGACGCAAAUUCUGAGUGGGUUGGAGGCUGGGUAUGGGCUUGCCUCGAGGAAGGUUGAGAUGGAUAGUCGGGGGAGGUCAUGGGCUGAUGACUUUGAUGAUGAGGUGGUUAUGGCCGAGGAUGAUCAGUGGGAAUGGAUGGUUGAGCCUAUGGAUUGGGAGAGCGUAGGGGGGUAA